AUGGCAAACGACGAAGCAAAACUCAAUAUAAAAUUAACUCAACUGAAGUUAUCUUCUCAAAGAACAGCUAAUAUAUUAGAUUCGGGAAAGCGCGAAACUAUCGAACGACAACUGAACGCACUCAAAACAACUAUAAACGAAGCUGACAAUUUUAAAAGAGCUGUAGAAGCAGCGAAAAUCGAAAGAGAAGACGACCUUGAAGAAAUCAGCGAUUGGAAUGCGGAAAUCGAAACAAAAAUAAGUGAAGCCGAAGACGAAAUAAACAAGCUACAACACUGGCUAAACAAUAGGAAAUUAGAAGAGGAAAAUCACGCUCGCGAGGAGCAACUUAAAUUUGAAGUGAAGCUUCAAGAAACGAAAGCUCAAGUAAAUGCAAAAAUUCAAAAUUCAAAGUCCGGGGACUCAAAAAUAAGUGAUGAAGGGGGAAACAUGGAUUGGCCCAGAUUUUGGGGGCAAUUUACGGAGACGGUGGACAAGUCAAAUAUAGCUGCCAUCAACAAAUUCACAUAUCUAUGUGGUUUUCUUGGGCCCAAAGUUAAGCGACAGAUAGAAUCAUUACCGUUUAUCACCGAAGGAUUCUAUAGAGCGGAGUCAAUUUUAAAAGCUCAGUAUGGGAAGAAUUCGGAAAUUAUAAAAGCUUACAUAAAAGAGAUCAUGGACUUGCCACAUAUCUCCGGAGCAAACUCGAGAAAGAUUGCAGAAUUUAGUGAGAAGUUAAAUCACAGUGUCCAAGCUUUGGAAACGCUGGGUAAACUGAAAGAUGUGCAAGGAAAUGUUUCCAUGACUCUAGACAAACUCCCAGCCAUACGUGGGGACCUUGUUAGAAAUGAUCCAAAAUGGGAAAGUUGGGACUUUUCCAAGCUUACUGAAGCAGUCAGACAUUGUACCAGGCAAAAUCCAGUCUGUGAGAAAGAGUCAGACACACCUGGAUGGAAAUCUAGAAGGUCAGAGAAAGUCUUUCAUACCAAAGAAAAGGGUGUGUGCGUCUACCGUGAGGGAAAUCAUAAGUCGGGGGAAUGUAAAGUAAUCAGUACUGUCAAGGAGAGAAAAGCAAUUUUAGUCAAAAAGAAACUUUGUUUCAACUGUAAAGCAGGACAGCAUGAUGCUAACGCUUGCCCCAAAUUACAAUGUAACGUCAGCAACCAUCAAAAGAAGUUGCGAGUGAACGCCAAGGAAUUCAGACCAAGACGACAAGCUGCUGUGGUUGCGGAGGCGAUAAAUCAGGAGCUAAUGUCACAUGUGGGGGAGGGUGUUGCAAAUUAUGUUAAAGUUGUGUUGGGUUCAAUUGUACAUUCGGGUACGUCGGGGAUGAUAAGGAACAAUACAGAAAACAUGUGUGGAACGGAAGUAGAGAGAGGAGAGAACGGAAGUGAGAAUGGCGAGAGAGAGUGA